AUGGCUGCCGCCGAGCCCGCCGCCGCCAGCUACGAUGACGAGCUUCGUAGACGUGAGGCGCUACGGGAGGCCUUCGGAGACUCAUCAGAAAGCGACUCCGAUGCGCCUCGCGAGGCGGCUAGCUCCCCGCUGGUUGGCCGGGCGGGCCGUGAACGGUGGAGAUGGGAGGCCGUACCGGCGGUGAGGGGACUGUGGCUCUGCGCUGACUUCCUUCCCUCCGAUGAUCAGUUGCGCCUACUUGCUGCGAUCCAGCGAGAAGGAUGGUUUAGUGAUGCAAGCAACCAAGCAAUGAGAUUUGGUGAUCUCCCUCCAUGGGCUGUCGAACUUUCUGCGCUGGUUCGGGAAUGUAUUUGCAUUGGUGAUGUUGAUGUUGGCAUCCGCCCAGGAUGGACGAACGAGGAUGAAGAUGCAUGUCCUUUGCCAUCAGAUUUGCUGUGGAGGGAACCGCUUUUUGAUCAACUGAUUGCAAACAGAUACAAGCCAGGUGAGGGUAUCUGUGCUCAUGUUGAUCUGAUGCGCUUCGAUGACGGGAUUGCAAUAGUCUCUCUUGAGUCCGCCUGCGUGAUGAACUUCAGUCGAGAAUGCGCUGCCUAUGAUACACAGAAUACACAGAAGCACGGGGAGAGUGAAUCGACCAAUGUCCCCGUCUACCUGAACCCAGGUUCACUUGUAGUACUGUCAGGCGAUGCACGGUAUCACUGGAAGCACGAGAUAAACCGCAAGCCAGGUGCUCAGCUCUGGAAUGGGAGAGAGCUUGAACAGCAUAGAAGAACUUCAGUUACUCUGAGGAAACUUAAGGCUUCUCCCAACUAAAGUUGGCAGGGUUAACAUUUGUUGCAAAAUGUUAGUGUUUUGGCAAUGUUACACUGAUUAUUUUUGCUAAAGAUGACCAGCUCGAUGUUUUUGUCAUGUGAAUACAAUGUUCCGGUAUUUGAAA